UGUGUGUGUGUGUGUGACGAAAAUAUGUGUAUGUAAGAGAAGAAUGUAUGUGUGUGAGAGAGAGAGUAUAGUUGAAACGGAAGGCGUAUAGUGGAAACGGAAGGCAGGUCAUGCGCGAUCAGGGUCACGCAACACGCGGUGGGGUCCUCAUCAACAACAUGGCUGAGGUAGAUGAGGCGGCCACAGGAGCCCUUCAGCAAGCUAUUGGGGUUUUAAGAAAUAUUUUAUCAUCUCCUGAAACGGUAACAUCUUUGGCGUCGUCCCUUGAGCGACCAAGGACAGGCUCAUCCACACGUAAUACUACGUGCAGGACGGUGGAAAGUGAGAUGAUGUCACUUUUCAGGCCUGGCAGCAGCAACUCACAAGUCGCUUCGGCAGGGCAAGCUGCUAACGUUACUCAAGACCAAAGUGGAGGAUUGCGGCAAUCUUUGCGAUAUCAAACUCAGAAACACUUUGGCAACUGGAGAUCCCGGCCAAGGAAAAGGCCCAAAACACAUUUUCAUGACACUUUCAACAAAGAUGUCAUCCUUCUUCCAACACCAUCAAACAGUGUUGUUGUCAAGCAUCGUGAAAAGCAACAGUUACAUGAACAAGGACAUAUAUUGAAUGGAUUUGAAUUUCAGAAAUCUUGGGACCACAAGACUGUCAUUGAACAAAUAAGGGAUGCCUUUGGAGAAAAGCUCUCUGCUGAUGUGAGCAUAGAGUUUCUGAUGGCUUGUGGCCAUAAAUUGAUUUCACCCAAACUGCGUGCUGGACAGGAGCUGGAUGCAAGUCUUAUACAUAAAAUAUAUAAAUCAAAAGCCCUGUACAUUAGACCAUCAAAGGCAAUUUUGGAUGAUAUUACAGACAGUGAAGACAGCAACUAUGAGGAAAACGCUGGUUCAGAGAGGCAGCUGCGUUCCUCAUCUUUAACACAACAUAGACCCUCUGACAGUUUCACCAGUACGAUGGCUGCCGCUUCUGGCUCACCACCAAACUGCACUCUGGAAGUUCAACCUUUUGCUUUGUCACAUGUGUCUGGAGCAUUAUUCUCUCAAACUCCUGCCUUGACCAAUCAAAGAAGUAUCCCACCCAACCAUAGCAGCAAUUCAGCAAGCAGCUUGUCCAAUCAACUGCCAGUGUGCUCGCUGGAAAUCUGCCCCUCCACCAGUCAGCCUUCUACUUCAUCAUUUAGAGAAACUGUUUCAGUUAAUCAACCUUUGGUGGAUCUUACUGGCCCAAAUUUCUCAAGCUCACCUAACCAGAGCAGUAGUUCUGCAUUACCAUUUACACCAACACCCCAUCAGCCAGGAAACUAUGAUAACUAUCUUUCAGUAAUGUCCGCACUGUCUGACAUGUCUUCUGAUGAUGAAGAAUUGAAUCAGGCCAUACUAGCAAGCCUGCAGAGUGAAAGAAAGACCACAUGUUGUCCAGUGCCAGCGAAAGAUAUUUUGCAAGAUCUUGCAACACAAAUAAACCAUCAGAAGAAGUGCAAGUUUAACAUAAACCGAUCCACAGUCCUAGAUGGAGCCAUCCGAGGUUUUAAAAGAGGAACAUACGAUCCUUGUCACACUAUUUCUGUCAGGUUUUCGGAUGAUAUGGGCGUAGCUGAGGAGGCUGUCGACUUGGGUGGACCAAGAAGAGAAUUUCUAAGACUUCUAAUGGAGGCAUUGCUACUAUCUCCAAUGUUUGAGGGAGAUGAAGAUAAAAUGAACUUGGCCUUUGACAGUAAUGCCAUGAGAGAGGACAGGUACUUCAUUGCAGGCAGGGCCAUAGCAGUUAGCCUUGUACAUGGUGGUCCUCCUGCAGGCUUUCUGUCUCCAACUCUCUUCUCUUCCCUUGUUGAUGGCCCAGAAUUGGCUAAGCCAGUUUUAGAGGAUAUUGCGGACACAGACCUCCGCGAAAAAAUUAAAAGGGUCACUGAGUGUAAAUUAUUUGAAGAGCUGAUAGCAUCAACUGAGCCACUUGAGGAGUAUUUGUCAACUGCUGGCUGCCUGAGGCCGCUGAGGAGGUUGGAAGACAAGAAUCAACUGGUAGAUGACAUCCUGAUGUUCCAAGUGAUACACAGAGUGCGUGGUCCUUUUGAGAGAUUUCGUGAUGGACUGAGAACCCUUGGUGUGCUGGACAAAAUACAAACUGAUCCGGAAAGUUUUCGCACCCUUCUAUGCUGGUCUCCUACAACCCUCACAGCUGAUCUGGUUGAUAGCCUCUUUACUAUUCGUCUAUCUCCAGUUGGCAGCAAUAGAAGGCGUACUGAAGAAGUUGUUGUUCCUUUCUGGAGAGACUACCUUGCAGAUGCGGAAGAUCAAGGAGCACAGAAGCUGGAAACAGUUCUUGCUUUUGCCACUGGAGCCAAUACUGUUCCACCAAUUGGCUUCUCUCCACAACCAUCAAUUGAAUUUCUUCACCAAGAACGUGAUGCAGAAAGCAAUUCUAAGCUUCCUGUUGCAAACACAUGCAUCAACUGUUUGAAGUUACCGCUGCACACAACCUACAAAGACUUUCAAGAAAACAUGGACUUUGCAUUGGGCAAUACCCAUGGUUUUGGAAUAGCCUAAUUUGCUGACAGGCAUCUCAGUAUUAGGCUGAUGUUCAAAGAUCAUUCACACAGUUCAAACACACAAAAAAACUAGUCGGUACCUUAAUGAGUUCAUUGAAACAGUCUUUGUGUCAUGUUAUGGGGAUAUUCGACUUUGUUAACGUUACUUUUGUUGUGUUUUCAUAAGAUGUUACCACUUUGAUGUUAACAAAGAACAGUUCUGAUUUUCAGACCGUGAAGGCAAAAAAUAUCUUGAAAUGUCUUGACACUUACAUGUUUUUGGCACAGUAUUUUAGGGAUGCACGAUAAAUCGCAUGUGAUGGUCAUGCGCAU